GCUUCCGACACGAGGUGUUCUGCACUGAGCAUUUCUUGACAUCUUUAGAAAGCUUUACACAAAAAUGGCUGCUGAAGUUGUGGACGACCAAGAAAUGAGAGAGGCCCAAAGGGAUUAUCUGGAUUUUCUUGACGAUGAUCAAGACCAAGGCAUCUAUCAGAGCAAAGUGCGACAGAUGAUCAGCGACAACAAAUCCAGACUCAUUGUUAACAUCAACGACCUGCGCCGCCGCAACGAAACGCGAGCAGUCAAGUUGCUGAAUAAUGCAUUUGAAGAGCUUUUGGCAUUCCAGCGUGCUCUGAAAGAUCUUGUGGCUUCAAUAGAUGCCACUUACGCCAAGCAGCAUGAGGAGUUCUUCGUCGGCCUUGAGGGCAGCUUUGGCAGCAAGCAUGUCUCCCCCCGAACCCUGACAUCUCGCCUGCUUGGCAGGAUGGUGUGUUUGGAGGGCAUCACCACUAAAUGCUCUUUGGUGCGGCCCAAGGUAGUGCGCAGUGUGCACUACUGUCCAACCACUAAGAAGACAAUGGAGCGCAAAUACACAGACCUGACCUCACUGGAUGCCUUCCCUUCAAGUGCCAUAUACCCCACCAAGGAUGAGGAGAACAAUCCUCUGGAGACUGAAUUUGGUCUAUCCGUCUAUAAGGACCACCAAACCAUAACAGUUCAGGAGAUGCCAGAGAAAGCCCCAGCUGGUCAGCUGCCCCGCUCUGUGGACAUUAUCCUGGACAAUGAUCUGGUGGACACUGUUAAACCAGGGGACCGGGUUCAGGUGAUUGGCACCUACCGCUGCCUGCCCAGCAAGAAAGGCGGGUUCACCUCGGGCACCUUCAGGACCAUCAUGAUCGCUUGCCAUGUCAAGCAGAUGAGCAAAGAAGUCUCUCCCUUCUUCUCAGCAGAUGAUGUGGCCAAGAUCAAGAACUUCUGUAGAUCUCGCUGUAAGAAUUUGUUUGAUCAGUUGGCUCGCUCCCUGGCUCCCAGUAUUCAUGGUCAUGAGUACAUAAAGAAGGCGAUCCUUUGUAUGCUUCUAGGAGGUGUGGAGAAGGUUUUAGAGAAUGGGUCACGCAUUAGAGGAGACAUCAAUGUGCUUCUCAUAGGUGACCCCUCAGUGGCCAAAUCUCAGCUGCUCCGUUACGUUCUGCACACUGCUCCUCGUGCCAUUCCAACCACAGGCCGAGGCUCUUCGGGUGUGGGUCUGACUGCAGCCGUCACCACUGACCAAGAGACAGGAGAGCGUCGUCUUGAGGCUGGUGCCAUGGUGCUGGGGGACAGAGGGGUGGUCUGCAUUGAUGAAUUUGAUAAAAUGUCAGACAUGGAUCGUACUGCUAUCCAUGAGGUUAUGGAACAGGGCCGCGUCACCAUAGCCAAGGCUGGCAUCCACGCUCGGCUGAAUGCUCGCUGCAGUGUGCUGGCAGCUGCCAACCCUGUUUAUGGCAGGUACGAUCAGUAUAAGACCCCCAUGGAGAACAUCGGUCUACAGGACUCCCUGCUGUCUCGUUUUGAUUUGCUGUUCAUCAUGCUGGAUCAGAUGGACCCUGAGCACGACCGUGAGAUCUCUGAACACGUGCUGCGCAUGCACCGCUACAGGGAUCCCCGCGAGCAGGAUGGAGCUGCUCUAGCUCUGGGUGGUGCAGUAGAAGCAUUGGCUACUGAGGAUCCUGAUGCAAUUCAGGAGGAAGAGGAGGAGCUACAGGUGUAUGAGAAACACAAUGCACUCCUCCACGGCAGCAAGAAGCUCAGGUACAGAGUGGUGAGUAAGGAGUUCAUGAGGAAGUACAUCCACGUUGCCAAAGUUCUGUCUCCUGUUCUGUCCCAAGAGGCAGCCAAUCACAUCGCAGAAGAGUACUCACGACUGCGAAGUCAGGAACAACUUGGUUCUGACAUUGCACGGACAUCACCCGUCACUGCUAGAACCCUGGAGACUUUGAUCCGUCUCUCCACAGCUCAUGCCAAAGCUCGAAUGAGCAAAGUCGUGGAGCUGGUAGACACAGAUGUUGCUGUGGAGCUUGUACAGUAUGCCUAUUUCAAGAAGGUUCUGGAGAAGGAACGAAAGCGCUCCAGAAAUGGUGAGCAGGACACAGCUUCAGAGGAGGAGGAGGAGGAGCAGACACAAGAGACACCCCGGCAGCAGAGAAAAAGAAGGCGCAAUUCUGAGCGCAGGCCAUCUCAGGGCAGUGAGUCAUAUGACCCCUAUGACUUUAAUACUGAGACUGAUAUACCAGAAAUUCAUUCCCCAGCUCCUGCAAGGCAGGGUGAGGAGCUCAUGGACACACCUGAUCAGAAUGGGCACACAGAGUUGUCUGCUGACAGGCUGAAGGAGUUCAAAAGUGCAUUGUUUGAGGUGUUCAACUCUGCUCACGCCCAGUCAGUGGGCCUGAUCGCUCUGAUGGAGGGAAUCAAAAAGAGCUGCCCAUCACCAUUUAACGAAACAGAGGUCCGUGCAGCUCUCGCCCGCAUGCAGGAUGACAACCAGGUUAUGGUGGCAGAUGAUAUCAUCUUCCUUAUAUAAAGAAGGCGUAUUUACUGGAGCACAAGAGAAAACAUAAAGUUAUAGAUUCAAGUGUGAAUCUUUUUCAGAUAGUUUGCAAUAUGUGUGCAAUGUUUAUAUUCAUAUGUUUCUUUUAAAAAAAAAACCGAAAUGUUAUUCUUUCAAAUACAUUCCAAUUUGUUCUCUUACAAUAGCCUGUUUUUAUCUUAAAUGUACACCUCAUUAUUCAGGAAAUACAUGGUUCUGUUGUUCAAUUCAUUCUCUCUAAUAGACUGGAUCAGUGACUGCAGUUUUUGUUUUUUACAUGACAACUUGUAAAUAAUAAAAAAAAAUUACUUUUGAGUUUGGCAUGCCACUGGAAAUGUACAAAUAAACAUCAAAAUAAUCUAUAAUUUACUUUGAAAUACUCAGAAUACAGUUGUUCUGUUGUAGCCCUGGCAUAGUGCUCUUGACACAUUACACAGUGCUGCCCUACAAAAGAAUAAUACAGUGACACAGUCGAACACAGAAACUGAGUAAAAUGGCUUUAAAGGUUUUGGAUUGUCUAGCCAAAUGUGUUGUUAAUGCACACAUGUUAAUGCGUUGAUUAGAUACAUGAAGUAAUUUUUGUGCCUAACAUCCAUCAACAAUGAAUUGAUAGAUGACCUCAAAAAUGCAUUUACUACAGUUUGCCUUUGUAUGACCUCAAAUAACUAAGCAUAAUGUAAAGGCAAAGGGCAGUGAUUGCUAUUUCAUCAGAUUAUUUCGUUUUUUUCCUUUGGAAUUAGAGAGUACAAUUGUGUUUAUAUUAAGUUCUUUGUUUAUAGAUAUAUGCACAAAAGCUCCAGGAAAACAUAGCAUUUAUUUUCAGAACAUUGACAUUUAGCAGAAAUACCUUUCAAGAAAUCAACUUAACAGAAAAGAUGUUUGGUACGAUUCAAUAUGAUUUCAACAAAUAUAUUGUUUAAAAUGAAGAUAAAAGAUUGGUUUUCAAAUUUGUUGAAAAUGGUUAUGGUUACUCUUCUACAGUACCUGUUUGAACUUGAGGAUAUCUGAAUAUUCAUUACUUUAAAAUUACCUUGACACCAGAUUAAAGUAAUUGUAUAUAUAGCUUGGCAAAGUAAAGUUAGUUCUGAAACAAUGUCUAGGAUCAU